GGAGUAGGAUGCACAGUUUGGUCGGAAGAGGUUGAGUAUAUUUAAACUCUGCCCCGUAGGUUACCUAUGAAGACAGUUGGCAAAAUAUGAAGAAAACUUCCAAGAACAGUAAUGCCAAGGUUCCCGGUAUGGAAUUGAAUUCCGAGGAUGCUGAAGGGGGGAGAAAAGAGAAUCAAAGUAACUUUGUUGACCUGCUGCCCCUGGAAGUCACUUUUAACAUUUUCAGCCAGCUAGACAUUCCGAGUUUAUGUAGCGCGUCCAGGACGUGCACAAGUUGGAACCAUGCAAUAAGAAACAAUGACUCCUUAUGGAAACCUCACUGCUUGAGCAUAAGAGCUGUGUGCCAAAGAGAAGUAGAUGAUGAUAUAGAAAAUGGUUAUACCUGGAGGGUAAUACUCCUGAGAAAUUACCAGAAGAGCAAAGUGAAAAACGAGUGGCUAAGCGGCCGAUACAGCAACAUCCGUUCUCCCGUUAGCCUGCCAGAGAAGGCCAUGUGCCCGAUGGACGCAGAUACGUGGGGGGAAAUUCUAGAUGCAGAGCUGGGAAGAGAAGUUGAAAAAUUGCAAUAGUUUGACGCCACGUUAUCAAGAUCACUCAGGCUCCAGGAGACUUUUUAAAAUCUGAUAAUGUCCUUGUCAGCCUUUUAAAUAUUUAACAUUUAAAAGAAAACAAAGUUGAACAUGAAACUUUGUUUAUAUUUUUUGCACUUUAGUUAAAAAAAAAAACUGUUCUGGUCUUAUACUGUAGGAAAAUCAUGAAAUGUUAUUUUUAUAAGAAAUAGUAGACUAAUAGAAUGAUUUUGAAAUGUAUUGUUCCAUGUAUUUAUGUUAGAAUAGUGCGUUACUUUAAGUAGUAGAAUUUACCGUUGUUUCCUAUUUAAACCUUCAAGAAUUCAGGGGAUUUCUGAAGAACUUAUUUAAAGAUUCAUUAUAAAUUAAGUAUAGAUAUAUACUCAUAGGAGUAAUACUGAAGUGAAUAGUUGCAAUAGGUUUAAAUUGAUAAUAAAUUUACAUGUU